AUGACUUGCCGAUGGGCGGCAUUUACUGCCGAGCUCCAGGCCAUCUCCACCUUCACCUUGCCACGCUGGAUCGGAGUCAGGCCUUCUUCCGAGCUUCACCUGCACGGCUUUUCGGACGCCAGUCGCCGCGUGAUGGCAGCCGUCAUCUACUCUCGCCUCGCGCCCGGGGCUGGGCCGGCGCUCUGCCACAUUCUUCUGGCCUGGACGAAGCUCUCGCCGAUUCGCUCGCUCAAGCCGAUCGUUCUGCACUGGCUGCGUUCAGACAGGCCAACCAACAACGUGCUGAUCGACAACUAUGUCGCCCAAAUCCAGGAAAUCUUGCCUUCGAGCGUCUGGCGAUACGUGCCGACCCAGUCAAAUCCAGCCGACAUCGCGACCAGAGGUGCCGACAUGACCGGCCUUCGCUCGCAGCGCACUUGGUGGGAGGGCCCCGCUUGGCUCGCCGAGGACGUCGACUCGUGGCCCCUAGACCUGCUCCCCGCACCGAACCAGCAAUCAUCCAUCUGCUGCGUAGUGCAGCAGCUUGACGCCAGCUACCUCGAGCAAUUCUCCAACUUACGCAUGCUACUAGGCUUCCUCGUACGCAUUCGUCGAUUCGUCCGGAGCCGCUUGGGCAGGGGCCCCGUGCUUUCGGUCGCUUCACCUCUUACGCCGACCGAACUCCACGACGCUUUUCUCGCGUGUGUACGCCUCAGCCAGGAGAGAUCAUUCUCGGCCGACCUCCAGUGUCUUCAACGGGGCGAACGUCUGCGGAAGACGAACCCCUUGGUACCGUUAGCAGCUUUCCUCGAUGACGACGGGAUUCUGCGCGUCGGCGGGCGGCUCGAGCAUUCGCCGCUGACCUACGAGGAGCGGCACCCGCCGAUCCUCAGCGGCGCCUCUUCCCUCGCUUCCAUGGUCAUCGCCUGGGCGCACUCUCGGGCGCUGCACAGUGGAUACCGUGUCACCAGUGCCUACGUCUGUAAGCGCGCUUGGCUCCUCGGUGGGCCCCGGCGGAUCAAGGCUCACCUCCGCAGGUGCGUCGUCUGCAUCCGGCUGCGAGCGCGACUGGCGACUCAACUCAUGGCCCCACUGCCGUCAUCCCGAGUCUCCCCUUCUCGUGCCUUUGCCUGCACCGGAGUGGACUACGCCGGCCCUUUCCAUGUACUCUCCGCCAGAGGACGAGGAGUCCAGACCACAAAAGGCUACAUCGCCGUUUUUGUGUGCCUCGCCACCAAGGCCUUGCACCUUGAGCUGGUCGGCGACCUCUCAGCUGUGUCCUUCUUGGGCACCCUCCACCGAUUCGCUGGACGCCGCGGUCGGCCCGGCGAGAUAUGGAGUGACAACGCGACUUGCUUCCGCCGCGCUGAUGUCGAGCUGCACGAUGCAUUGCUGACAGCCGAGCUGGACUGGGGAUUGGUCGCGGGCUCUUUCGCCGAUCAAGGAUGGUGGUCUUGCUGCCUGUGUCAGCGCCUCCCGCGGCUCCGCAGCCUCCAGAAGACUCCCCGACCGACCCCGGUUUGGCGGGUGGCACAACCUAAGUACAAGAUCAAGAACUUGCCAGAAAAGUACCGUCAUAACUGUGAAAAUUGGGAGAUGCUGCAAGGCAAGCCAGAUUAA